CCCCUCCUCCCCUCCAUUACCCAAUCCUCGUCUGUUUCAUUUCUCUCCGAUCCUGGUCUGAUCGGCAAAUAGUUAUAUUGAUUAUUGCGUAGAUCGCAAUGAGUGGAUUGAGAGGAGUUAUCAAAGAGGGCUGGCACCCUAAAGGCCGUGAGGGCGGUAAGGAAAGUUGGCGGGGCGACUUCAAGGGCAUCAACCAAGUGGCAGGAUGGAUGGGUAAAGGCGGCAACAAAGACGGAGAAACGGAAGAGCGCGUCUCCCGACCAAUCUCGUCGCUGAAGGAUCCCAGAUCCUUUGGGCCACCUCCCAAGCAUAUCCAAGCCCAUAGCCCGGCUGCUGCUGCCAACCGGGCGUCCUCGGGCUCUAGGGGGCUAGGAGCUCCACUGUCGCAGGAUGAGGUCGAUGAGCAGAACUAUCGCGUACAGCAAGAACGGCAAGCGGAGUUGGAGGUUCAAGAUGCAGCGGCACACAAGCCGUCGCCACCCCCGGUACCGUACCGGUUGAACACGACCGGUAUCGACACAUCCACGCUUCCGCCGCCCCCAUCGAGGCGGGUAGAUGCAGGUACAGAACACGGGAGAUCGUCACCAAUGUCGACGUCCAAGCCAAGCCUCCCUCCUCGCGUUCCUCCGCGCACCAACUCCAGCACGCAGUCGCCGGCCCCGCCUCCAGUAUACUCGGCACAACAGCCCUCAGACUCCUACAUCAACGAGGGUGCAACCGCCCGCCUCCAGAAGGCAGGCGUGUCUGUCCCUUCGCUCGGAAUUGGGGGUAAUAGCGGCCAGGGGCGGCGGGAUAGCAACCCACGUAGCUCGGCAUCCCCGACCACCGCAGGCUCUGGUGGCCAAGGCUCCCUGAACGAAUUACAGACGCGUUUUCGCCAGAUGAGAACCGAUUCCGCGCCGUCUCCCACCCAGGCACCUUCCCCGCCAGCCCGGAGGAGCACAUACGGCCAGGCGCAGUCCCCCGCGCAAAGCUCCCCCAGCUCGACCCUGGGAGACCUGCGCGAGCGACAUGGGGACAAAAUCCAAGCCGGAAGAGAGAAGAUCAGCGGUAUCAACGAGAAGUUCGGCAUCAGCUCGCGCUUCAACAAUUUCGUGGAUACUCACCGGUCCUCUCCCAGCACUCAGACGCCGCUUGCUGCGAGUACGCCCCGGCUGGCGUCUACCGGGGCGUCUACGGGGGCGUCUAUCGGGUCAGCAGACGUCAGUGCGGAAGCGGCACGUAAGAAACGCCCGCCUCCGCCGCCGCCUAAGAAGGUGGAGAUGCGCUCUAUGCCUGUUGGUGCGGCUGCACCGUCGCCUCCGCCGCUGCCGCUGGAUACUAAGCCCCGCUGAGCGGGUUUGAUUUGAUGCUGUCUGGCUAUUAGUGUGACCCUACUUUCGGCUGGUUAUAUUCUCGAGUAGAUUGGUGAUUAUGUAUAACUAACCCUGUGGAUGUCUGUACGAAUAGAAUUUGUUUAUAGAAAGGGUCACUACUACUAUCUU